AUGGGAUCAUCCACCACUGGUCAAGAUGGGAUCACCCACCACUGGUCAAGAUGGGAUCACCAACCACUGUUCAUGAUGGGAUCAACCACCACUGGUCAAGAUGGGAUCACCCACCACUGGUCAAGAUGGGAUCACCCACCACUGUUCAUGAUGGGAUCACCCACCACUGUUCAACAUGGUAUCACCCACCACUGUUCAACAUGGUAUCACCAACCACUGUUCAAGAUGGGAUCACCAACCACUGGUCAAGAUGGUAUCACCCACCACUGUUCAACAUGGUAUCACCCACCACUGUUCAACAUGGUAUCACCCACCACUGUUCAGUAA